UGUGUGUGCUUGUUUGCGUGUGGCUUUCUAUUUCACCGCGUGAACUAGCUGAACGCGGUGCUGGACAUGCGCGGACGUCAGGGAAACGUGGGCAAUGCCAAUGGUUUGUUGGGUGCCAGCCGGGUUUCUGGAAGUUUGCAGUGGCGCCGCAAGGGAAUAUCAAGAUGAAGAGGAUGAUGUGGUGUUCCAGAGCCGUUCUGGCUCAGGACAUGAUCUAGGUUCAGAUAACUGUACUGUGCCACUUCCGUGUUGUCUAAUCUAGGGUCCCGACCCCAUGGGUGGCGCUGCCCCCCCCCCUCCCCCGCGUUGCCGCUCACCCGAGACGCAGCGAUGGCGAGGAGCCGAGCGAUUCCCCUCGGGAGCCUCGUCGCUCUGCUGACGCUGCGACCGCUGAGCGCGGUCCACAGCAUGCUGGGGCACGGGGUCUCUGGUGAUGGAACCCUACCUGGCGCGCACUGGCGGCAGGCAGCAGUUCGAGAUGGUGUCCAGACUGCAUGCCGGCAUCCGCACGCUGCAGUGGAUCGAGAACCAGACCACCCAGCUCAGUCUCGGCAAUUACUCGGGCCCGACGGACGUCACCGGCAUUGUCACGCACGCGGGGAAGCACGCCCUGGACUACAUCGACAGUGCUACCAUGCUGGGCCUCGUGCUCCAGCGCUACUUGCCCGAUGUGCCCAGGUUCGCCAUUGUGAUAGAGGGUAUGAAGGACUACUACCAAGACCAGCUCAAGGACGCAGGCUGGCACCUCAUCAUGGUCGAGGACUGGGGGCCCGAGCACAUCGGCGGCAGUGCGGCCUCCAACUUUCUCGGUCGCUGGGGAGACAGCUUCGAAAAGCUCAACGUCUGGCGGUUCCCACUAGAUCGUGUGCUCUUCUUGGACUCAGACACCUAUGUGUUCAGCGAUAAGGUACGAGACAUCUUCGACACCAAGCUGGAGCCUGACCAGAUCGCCAUGACCAAGGACGGAUGCAAGUCGGAGCACAACAGUGGCAUGAUGCUGUUCAAGCCUGAUCUUUCUGUCUACAGUGACCUUCUCCGCAUGAUUGCUCUCGCACCUGGCGGCAGCCGAGAGAUCCUUGACCAGACGCUCAUCAACAAUCACUACAAGGGCAAGAUCGUGACCGUGGACACGAGGUUCAAUUGUAUCGAUUAUCAGGCCGACAAGAACUGCAAGUUGAGCUGCGGGCAGGACACCAUCAUUGCACACUUCACUGGUAAUCCGAAGCCCACACGGGAAGGAGUUCGCCAUGUCGAACUAGUGCGGUCCUUGAAUGGCAGCUCUGCUUGUCAGGGCACCAAUCUGGGUGGCUGCCAGCUCUGGCCGAGAUACUAUUGCGAUAUGAAGACGAACACGCCCUAUCUUAGCAAGCUGCUCAAGAGGACCCUCAAUCAGACGGGCCCGUGUCUGUGGGAGAACUAGUCCGACGCGCUGGAAAGGGCGGCUUCUCGAGGAGCGUGGCCCUGGCGGUCAAACCUUACGUUGAGCAUCCCAGGUUCGUUACCUAACGGGGGCUUCUCUCGACUACACGGUCACUCUUGCGUGUUGUCGAUUUCUUCCCACGGCAUCAGCGCCCAGUCGCUGUGGCACAGGAGCCGCUGGACCCAUUUCAGUGAGAUGGCGGCCAAGGGGUUCAGCAGCUCUGCACUGCGCCAGGCUGGCCGGUGCGAGGAACCCUGCUCGGCGUGGACCGUCGCUCCGCAAGAAACACCUCGACAUCCCGAUGGCGCCACCGUCAUCAUCGUCACCAUUACCAUCAAAACGCCAAGUUCGCAUCAUAUUAGCGCUGCGGAUCCUUAAUAUGAUGUUUGACCCCUUGGUGGCCCAGCCAGGCAUGCCUGGAGGCAGCUGGCUUGCAAGACGGAAAGGCCAUAUGCCUGGGCAAAGGUGGAGAUGCCGCGCUCGGCGCCCGCUUGCCCGCCGCCAGCAGUGAGCGGAGAUGCCGCGCCCGGUGCCCGCGGGCCGAGAGAUGGAGAUGCCGCGCCUGGCACCCGUCAGCCGAAUG